CAAUAUAGGCGAGUGACGUCAGACCGUUUGUUGUCAUUGGCGGCUCCCAAGAUGGCGUCCAUCAUGGAAGGGCCGCUGAGCAAAUGGACUAACGUGAUGAAGGGCUGGCAGUACCGCUGGUUUGUGCUGGACUAUAAUGCAGGACUUCUCUCCUACUACACGUCCAAGGACAAGAUGAUGAGAGGCUCUCGCAGAGGAUGUGUUAGACUCAGAGGAGCUGUGAUUGGUAUAGACGAUGAGGACGACAGCACCUUCACAAUAACUGUUGAUCAGAAAACCUUCCAUUUCCAGGCUCGUGAUGCUGAUGAGCGAGAGAAAUGGAUCCAUGCCUUAGAAGAGACAAUUCUUCGACAUACUCUCCAGCUUCAAGGUUUGGAUUCAGGAUUUGUUCCUAGUGUUCAGGACUUUGACAAGAAGCUUACAGAGGCUGAUGCUUACCUGCAAAUCUUGAUAGAACAAUUAAAGGUACGGCAUUAGUUUAUAUAUUGAAUCCAUAUAGUGUAGUGAGUAUCA